ACGGAUUGGAAAUGAAAUCAACAAAGACUUGGUUGAGAAGCUUAGAUGGAGCUUGAGCCACAAGCAAACCUACCAAGUUUGAACACAGACAAUUACACACACAUAUAUAUAUUUCUAAUUAAAACCGACACGUUUAUGGCCGCCUAAAUUUCUUAUAUAGAGAAAACAUAUACAAUCAAUAACUUUGCAAAGACAGAAAAUCAAGUAGCAGUAAGCUUCAAAUUGGAACGAAAUUAACCAUUUGUUAGAGUUUCAACAAUCGGAGUCUCAUUCUUUUCAUAGUUCAAAAAUGGUGAAUGAUUCCACGUACUCUCAUGAUGAUCAUGUUUCUGAAAAGACUCAGUUUUAUGUGGGAUUGGAGAGACCUAUUGCGGAAUUAAAGAGGCUUUUGCUCGGAAACGAGGUGUCGGUCGUUGGUGUUCAUAGUAUAGGAGGUGGUGGGAAGAGUACUCUCGCAUUGGCUCUAUACAAUGAUCUCCAAAUUAAAGAUUAUUUUGACAGCAAUGUGAUUUUUAUCACAAUUUCACAAUCCCCAAACCUAAAAGGAAUAUUAGAGACUAUGUGGGAGAAAUUAGCUAGAAGGAAAAGACCAGAAUUUCUGGAUGUGGAAGAUGCGCACAUAAAUCUGCAGCAGCUGCUUUCGAAGCAAUCCAAGCCAACUCUAGUUAUAUUGGAUGAUGUUUGGUCUAGUGAAAAUUUGGAAAACUUACUAUUUGAAGGUCCGGCAUACAAGACUCUUGUAACUACCAGAGACAAGUCCAUCAUCCCCAGAACUCCCUCUUCACAAUUCUAUCAAUUGCCAUUGUUGGGCAAAGAGGAUGCUCUGUCGCUUUUCUGCUACUGGGCUUUUGGACAGACAUCAAUUCCAAGCGAUAUAGAUAUAAAUCUUGUAAAGGAGGUGCAAGCAAAAUGUGAUGGCCUGCCACUUGCUCUAAAGAUGGUUGGAAGCUCUAUGCAUAAGGAACUGGACGAGGUUUGGAAGCGGGCAAAGAAGAUUUCUGAAGGAGAAUAUAUAUCAGUUUAUCACAGAAAAGGGCUAUUCAGAUUGUUGCAGACCAGUAUUGAUUCCUUAGACGAUGUAACCAAGGAAUGUUUCUUAGACUUGGGGUUAUUUCCAAGGAACAGGAAAAUCUGUGUUGAUGCACUAUUGGACAUUUGGGUUUAUGUACGGAAGCUACGAAGGCAAGAUGCUUUUGACAUCUUAUUAGAACUUGCAAGCAAAAAUUUGUUGAAUUUAACUAGCAAUCAAAGAGGAAGUGCAUCAAUCUCAUAUAGAAAUGCUUCGGAGCUGUACUUUUCUCAGCAUAAUGUACUGAGAAAUUUGGCCUUGUAUUUGGGACACCAAAACAAUUUAGUUCACAAUAAGAGGUUGGUCAUAUCAAGGAACGACUCUAAUUUGUUGGCGAAAGGGGAGUUGCUUGGUGAUAGAGCAUUUGAUACUCAAAUUCUCUCCAUUCUCACUGGCCCCAUGGAGGAAAAUGAUUGGAAUGAUAUGACUUUCCCCGAAACAGAGUCUCUGUUGUUACAUUUUACUUCGACAAAUUACUUUCUUCCCCCAUUUCUGAAAUCCAUGAAAAAUCUAAAAGUUCUGAUGGUAUCCAAUUGCGGUGCAAAGAAGGCAACAGUGAAAGGGCUAGAUGUCUUAUCUUCACUCGCUCAACUCAAGAGUGUCCGCAUGGAGGGAUUGAUUUCACCCCUUGCUGAAAAGCAGAGCAUCGAAGCACUGCAGAAUUUAGAGAAGCUAUCAGUGAGCUUAUGUGAAGGAUUUGGAAAUAUAUCCACAUUCACCAAGCUCCAAGAUUUUAACCUGGAUCACAGUAGUGAUUUGGAGGAGUUAACCCCUGGUGUCUGCAAUAUGCGCUCCAUUUUGUUAUGGUCUAUUGCCAACUGCCAUCUGCUUCAGAAUUUACCACAUGAUUUUGGAAAUAUGAGCUAUCUAAGAGUACUAAGGUUAUCUGCAUUACCAGGCCUGAAAGAGCUUCCUGCAUCAAUCGGUGAACUUGCACAGUUGGAAUAUCUAGACAUUUCAGUAUGCGAGGGUUUGAAGGAACUCCCAAAGGAAGUAGGACAGCUCAAGAAGUUGAGGGAAAUUGAUAUGAGAGAGUGUUCUCGUUUGACGACGUUACCUGCAACUGUUUGUGAACUAAGUUCCCUGAAGCUUGUCACCUGUGAUGAGAAGAUUGGGAAUCAGUGGUUGCGGGCCAAGAACAUUUCUAUUCCAGAGCUUAGAGUUGAAAGCGUGGAAGCACAUUUUAGUUUGGACUGGCUUGAAGAUUGACUUUUUGUUGAAUGUGAAGUGCAGGGGUUUACUGACUUUUCCUCUACCCCUUACCUCUUGAUUUCUUUGUUGUCUCGUCAUAUUCGAAGAGUUUAUUUGUAUAAAAGGAGU